UUAAUCUGAAUACCUUGCCAGAUCGGUUAGUUCAUUUAUUGUGCUCUUCAACUUUGUUUAAUUUUAAUGCAAGUCAUUAGUGGUGCGUCAUACUUAUACUAAUUUCCAAUGACCAUUGUCAAUUACGCAGCUAAUGCCAAUGCAAGAGGCAGCAGCAGUCGAGUGCAAUCACAAGCAUCGAACCCUCAUACAACAGUAGGGUCGUCGUCAGUGGAACCAGCUGGCCGAUCAUCGUUCCCGAACAGGUUCGUUGUAAAUAAAUCGAGCAGCACAAUGUGGAGCGCCAGUAAUGGCGGUGGCGGAGGGGGAUCUUCCACCACUACCAACAGCACCCAGUCCAAAACCCUUGGAAUGACUUCGGCCAUCAGUUUGGCAGAGCCGAAACCGGAAGACAUUCAAAAGACAACGGAACUGGGAAAAGCGCUCGAGCCGUACAAUGUGUUUGAGGAAGAAUCAGAGCUCAACCAUCGAAUGGAAAUCCUAGCGAAGUUGAACACACUCGUUAAGCAGUGGGUGAGAGAUGUUUCUAUAUCGAAGAACAUGCCAGAAUCGUUAGCCGAGAAGCUGGGUGGGAAAAUUUACACAUUUGGAUCGUAUCGAUUGGGAGUGCACCAUAAAGGAGCGGAUAUUGACGCGUUGUGCGUAGCUCCGCGGAACAUCGAACGAUCGGACUAUUUCGGGUCAUUUUUCGAACUGCUGAAAAAGCAGCCGGAAGUGACCGAGUGCCGGGCCGUAGAGGAGGCGUUUGUACCUGUAAUAAAGAUGAAUUUUGAUGGAAUCGAAAUCGAUUUAUUGUUUGCACGAUUGGCGCUCAAAGAAAUUCCGGACAACUUCGAUCUGCGCGACGAUAAAUUACUGAAGAAUCUAGAUCCAAAGUCGGUUCGAAGCUUGAACGGGUGUCGAGUGACGGACGAAAUACUGCGGCUGGUUCCCAACAUCGACAACUUCCGACUGGCACUACGGGCGAUAAAAUUGUGGGCUAAAAAGUAUGUUUUUCAAAUUGAAUAUUAAUUAAAGAUUUUAAUAAGUUGUUGUUUUUUUGCAGAACAUGGAAUCUACUCAAAUUCUCUGGGAUAUUUUGGUGGUGUGUCGUGGGCCAUGUUGGUCGCGAGAACGUGUCAGUUGUACCCAAAUGCGGUAGCUGCUACAUUGGUGCAUAAGUUUUUCUUAGUAUUUUCCCGCUGGAAGUGGCCACAGCCAGUGCUUCUCAAGCAACCCGACACUGUGAAUCUGGGAUUCCAGGUAUGGGAUCCCCGAGUUAAUGUGCAGGACCGGUUCCAUUUGAUGCCGAUCAUUACGCCGGCCUAUCCACAACAGAAUUCCACAUUCAACGUGUCCAGCUCGACCAGGAAGGUCAUGUUGAAUGAGUUCAACCGCGGGAUGCAAAUCACCGACGAAAUUAUGCUUAGUAAGGCCGGCUGGGACAAGCUCUUCGAGGCGCCGAGUUUCUUCUUCAAGUACCGGCAUUUCAUUGUACUAUUGGUGACCUCGAACAAUGCUGAUGAUCACCUGGAAUGGUGUGGUUUGGUAGAGUCUAAGAUUCGGUAUCUGAUUCUAAACUUGGAACGUAACCAGCAUAUCAAUCUGGCCCAUGUAAAUCCCAAGUGUUUCGAACAACACGAACAGAAUCAAACGGAGCGUACAAGAGACAGCGAUGGUGGCAGGACCACCACGCUGUGUUCUUUGUGGUUUAUCGGAUUGGAGUUCGAACGAUCGGAAAAUUUGAACGUAGAUUUAACGGAGAGCAUACAGAGUUUUACCGAUUCCGUGCACAAACAUGCUGUGCAUAUCAAACUUCUCAAAGACGGUAUGAAAAUUGAAGCGCGCCACGUCCGGCGAAAGCAACUGAGCCAGUAUCUGGAUCCGAACUUGCUCAAACGGGAACGCAAAAAUUCCGACUCGGGUCUUUCGUUAUCCAGUAUAGCGGCGGUUGCUGCAGCCGCCAACACCAGCGGCGGCGGUGGUGGCACCACACUCCGAAAGCGGCAUUCCUCUGAACAUCUUCAGGGGAUAGUCAAUAAGAAAGGAAGGAACGAUUCUUUUGAACAGUCUCCGUCGAACACGUCCUCGCAGUCAUCGUCGUCUUCGUCGCAAUCCUCGCAAGGAGCGGGUUCGUUGUCUGCAGCAAAACUUACCAACACCUCGGUAGCGUCUCUGAACACAACUAACAACAACUCCGUUAGUAGUAACGAGAUCCCUAACAAUAACAGCAGCAAUACUGCCACACCGGACGUCGAUUUCGUCGCAGCGGAACCAUCUACGAACUAUAACCAUACGAACCAUAACGAUAACGUGUCGUCGACCAACGCGACAUUACUGUUGGAUGAUUCAUCAUCCGAAGCAACCGAGCCGGAGGCAAUACAAUUACAGACGACCACUGCACAGACUUCGUUGACCACGACGCAAACAGCUAAUCCCGUACCACAACAGCCGCCACAGACCGCUACCGAGGUGGUUUGCUCAUGACAGGCGAAUCCGUUCCGAAAGGUUAACAACUAUCACGUUCACUACAACAACAGUAACAACCUUAGCCACCAGCACCACCAGCAUCAUCUGCAACAGCAGCAGCAUAAUCAGUUCCCGUAUGGUCCGAAUUACAUUAAAGGCAACCAACAGCAUCAACACCAACACCACCACCAUUCUCACCAUCAUCCUCUUCACUAUCCGCAAGGACAGGAGCAUCAUCAUCACCACAACAGUGACGGCAGCUAUAGCGUUGAUCACGACAAUGGCGUUCCGCACAUGACGAUCGAAGACGCUGAAGAGGCUAACAACGAUGGAAGAGAAGCUGGUGGUCGUGGAAGCUAUUCCAACGGGAACCGUGUACAGUACGCUGAAGUUCAAUCUUCGUAAGAUGAUCUCAACUAUUGCAGCGACAGGAUGGCCUGCUUCUAAGGAUCGACGGGCCGCACACUAUUCAAAUUAGAACAUUUUUAGGCAAAGCUUGCCAUCGGAUGAACGUUUUGAAUAGAGAUUUAAAAAAGUGAAAAGAAUACGUUCGUUUUAAGGUAAGAGUUCUAUACAUACAUAACCAUUAUCAACAAUGAAGAAAAAACGAGAAAAAAAUGGCGUGGGUGGCUAAAAAACAACAUUUAUGAUAACACACAGACACUGAUCAAAUUAUAAGCUAUAUGACAACACACUAUUAAUUUACGAAAAAGUUGAAAACCCUGAAAAUACAUUCUGUAAAUAGUAGUUCAUAAAAUAUCAAACGUAUAAAAACCACAUUUACAUAAAACUUCUAAGAGCAGUCAGGAAUAAGGCGUUAGAUAAAAGCAAGAAAAAAAAUCAAGACUUAUAUAAAUUUUAUUAUUAUUUAUACACACUCACAGCCAAGAAAAGUAAAUCAACAGACAUAUAACAUGCGUUGAUUCGCCUGCACCGAUUCAAUCAUUAGUUAUUCAUUUGGUUUUGCUCAACCACGGCUGAAUUCUCAUUUUUAUAUAAACACGAGAAGAGAGGCAAGUUUUCAUUUCGUUUAGUUUCGUUCAUUUUACUUAUCGUACCAACCGUAUGAAAGCUGUUGUAUUCAUGCGUAGACACUCCACUGGUUCAUACGAUCUUCAGUGCUAGCAGUAAUAGCCCUAGAAACGUGAAACCAGUUCUGGGACAAAGUUGGAACAUUUUAAAAGUGCAAUCAGCAUUACAUAAAUUCAUCCAGGCGAAAUGAGUAGCGAUCAGAAUUUUGAGUUGAUUCUCCGAUAUGACAGCAUAAUAUAGGAAAAGAGGGUUCGAUGUUUAGAUCACUGUUAGUGUGGUAGUUUACGCCCCCAUUCUUAGAAUGCAAUGAAUAACUUGUUCCCCUUGAAAAGUUAGUAAAAGGAUUUUUUUGUUCAGAAAAAGGGAAACAUACAUAUUUUAUCUAAAGAAUUUUCUCAGUGUAAAUAAAAUAGCAUUCACGUGAGUGAGGCAGUAGAGAAGUUGAAUAAUUGAGGUGAAAAUGAGAAAACCGAAGAAAAAAACCGACGGAGGAUAGAAUCCGUGAAGGAUAAUGGAACUUUUUUUUAUGAAACUGAACUUAUAUAAUUUACUUAAAAAACAGAAAAUAAACAUCCAGGAAAAAGCAAGCA